CGAAAAGAGAAGAACAGAGCACCGUUUGAGGAACUUGACUUGACUGAACUCGUGUCCUUUGUUUGAACUAUCGACUCGAUCUCAGGGUGGUUCAAGUUGUCGUAUAGUCAGACAGUCCGAGUCGGGGCACACUUCAGAGAAGCAUUUUGCUUGCGCUCUGCCGUCAUUCGUCAUUCCACAACCGGCGCCCUCUUUUUGCCCGCCGACGCCCGUCCAUUCCAGUAUUACAUACUGCACUGGACUGUGCUUUCGCGCAGUGCAACACCUCGUCUCAAUUUGUGGCAGCCGAAUACAACUGUUCUCUUCCAUCUUUAUUCGAGCUCCUACUGUGUCGUGGACGUCAGAUCGGUUGCUCUCACGCCGCCCAACGUCCACACCCACACCUACGUCUUUUGUUCCCGUCCCACCCGCUUCUGGUCGCCGCCUCCUCAUCAACGGGCCUUCGGUGCCUUCCUGCCUGCGGAUACUUGCAUAUCAGAGCGCAAACCUUGAGGCAGGAGCUGCCAUCUUGGUUGCUCGUGACAGCAGGCUGAGGUCUUCAGCAUGGAUAACUUGACGGGGCCGGAUAUGUUGAUUGAUGGUUACGAUCAGUAUAACCAGCAAGAAAAUGAAGUGGUCAAUAUCUCACCCGAUGAUGCCUCCGAGGGGCCCGCCCACGCUCUACCCAGGGCCGAUGAUUAUGAGGCGAUGAAACGGCACGUCCUCGCCGACCUACCUGAUCUCGAGACCGAAGCAGAAACCUAUCAUACUUGGCACAUAGAGAGAUGGCGGGAUCUUUCCAGAAGAGAACAUGGCCCAGUGUUUGAAUGCGGCGGUCAUCCUUGGAGAGUACUUUUCUUCCCUUAUGGCAAUCAAGUUGACUGCGCAUCUUUCUACUUGGAACAUGGGUUUGAAGGCGAUCCGCCGCCGGACUGGUAUGCUUGUGUACAGUUCUCUCUCGUCCUCUGGAAUCCGAACGAUCCAACUCUAUUCCGAAGCCAUACUGCCACUCACCGCUUUACGGCAAAAGAGGGUGAUUGGGGGUUUACGAGAUUUGUCGAGCUCAGAAAGGCAUUCAAUCAACCAUGGGAGGAUGGAUCAAGACACUUGGUCGAGAACAAUGAAGCCAAUUUGACUGCGUAUGUCCGCAUCAUCAAGGACCCGACCGGCGUAUUAUGGCACAACUUUGAAGGCUACGAUUCCAAGAAAGAAACCGGCAUGGUCGGGCUGAAAAACCAAGGCGCCACCUGCUAUCUAAACUCACUGCUACAAUCCCUCUACUUUACCGAUGCGUUCCGCAAGGCAGUCUACCAGAUCCCCACCGAGCACGAAGCAAACCGAAGUAACAGUGCAUGGGCUCUACAGAGGUUGUUCUACAAGCUUCAAAAAGACAGGUAUGCAGUCUCGACGAAUGAGCUUACUGCAUCUUUUGGUUGGGACACACGACAGAUCUUUGAACAACAAGAUGUGCAAGAGUUGUCGCGAAUUUUGAUGGAGGUCCUAGAGAAGAAGAUGAAGGGAACUCCAGCCGAAAGAACACUGCCGGAGCUUUUUGUUGGCAAGACAAAAACAUAUAUCUCAUGCAUCAACGUCGACUACGAAUCAUCGAGAAUAGAGGAAUUUUGGGAUCUGCAGCUCAACGUUCGAGGCAACAAGAAUUUGCACGAGAGUUUCAUGGAUUACAUCCAAGUGGAAACUCUGGAAGGGGAGAAUAAAUACGACGCUGGCGAACCCUACAAGCUUCAAGACGCACGAAAGGGCGUCAUAUUCGAAAGCUUUCCCCCUGUGCUACACCUGCAGUUGAAGAGAUUCGAGUAUGACAUCAACCGAGACGCCAUGAUGAAGGUCAACGAUAGACAUGAGUUCCCGUUAGAAUUCGAUGCAUCCCCUUAUAUGUCGGACGAGGCCAAAGCAUCGACUACUGAACCUUGGAUCUACCAGCUGCAUGGUGUGCUGGUGCAUAGUGGUGAUUUCAACGCUGGCCAUUAUUACGCCUUCCUGCGACCCACCAAGGAUAGUCAGUUCUACAAGUUUGACGAUGACAGAGUGACCCGCGCGACAAUGAAAGAGGUACUGGAAGAGAAUUACGGCGGAGAGUAUGCCAACGUUGCCAAUGGCGGCCUCGGUCAAAGACAGCCUUACAUGCGGGGAUACUCGACCAAGCGAUCCAUGAACGCGUACAUGUUGGUAUACAUCCGAAAGAGCCGACUAGACCAGGUGCUCCAUCAAGUCACUGAAGCCGACAUUCCCCCUCAUAUCGAGCGAAGGAUCGCAGAGGAGCAAGCGGAACUCGCGAGGAAGAAGAAAGAACGUGAAGAAGCGCAUCUGUACAUGAAUGUCGGGUUGAUCACAGACAAGACCUUCCAAGCCCAUCAUGGAUUUGAUUUGACGAGUUACGACUUGGAGCAGGGUGACCCUGCUGCUGCUCAAAUACACCGGAUCCUACGAGCAACGAAGGUCUCGGAAUUUGCCGCGAACAUUGCCCAAGACCUUGAGGUCGAGCCUGACCAAGUGAGGUUUUGGGUCAUGGUGGGCAGACAGAACAAGACGAAUCGUCCAGACCAGCCAAUCCGAGACGUUGACAUUUCCAUGGAGGAGGCUAUGAAUAAGUACGGCUCCAGGGGCCGGCCGUUCUUCCUGUGGGCGGAGACCGCACCCAAAUCGGAAGACGGGAAGGUCCUAUUCCCAGACGCUUCACAAGCCGUGGGCGGCAAUGUCCCGAUAUUGGUCUUCCUCAAAUACUUCGACGUCAAAGCUCAGACAUUGACUGGCGUCGGCCAUGUCUAUGUUAGGAAACUGGACAAGGUAUCAGAGAUCGCACCCCAGAUCAACAAGCUCAUGCAGUGGGACCCGAGCACGCCGAUUUCAUUGUUUGAAGAAAUCAAAUUCUCCAUGAUUGAAGCAAUGAAGCCAAAGCAGACAUUCCAGCAGUCCGAAAUCCAAGACGGCGACAUUAUCUGCUUUCAACAAAACCUACCAGACCUGGACCCAUCCACAGUCACUUACACUGACGCCCGCCAGUACUACGAUUAUUUGCUUAACAGAAUACCGGUCAGCUUUUAUCCCAAGCCUGGCACGGAGGGAGAAGCCUUUACCCUCAGCCUGAGCAAGAAGAUGACCUACGACCAGUUCGCGGCAAAGGUCGGUGAGCACCUCAAAGUUGAUCCGACGCAUAUUCGGUUUGCAACGAUCAGUACGACAAACAACAAGAUCAAAAUGUGGAUCAAACGCGGCAUGAACCACAGUCUCCAGCAAAUCCUGCAAUCUCAGUUUUCGUCUUAUGGGGGCUAUGCAACACAUAGAGGUGAUGCAUUGUACUACGAGGUUUUGGAGACCAGCCUUGCCGACUAUGAGACCAAGAAGAUUAUGAAGGUCAUAUGGCUUAGCGACGGCAUUAGCAAAGAGGAGCCCCUCGAAAUACUCGUUGCCAAAAACGGCAUUGUUGGAGACUUGAUUCAAGGUAUUGCCAAGAAGCUCAACCUGGACGAACAAUCAGCGCGCAACAUACGAAUCCUUGAAGUUCAUGGGGGUAAAAUCCAUAAAGAAUUGAUCGAGGACUUCAAUGUUGUCGGCAUCAAUGAGUUCACCACGUUGUAUGCCGAAAAGAUCCCCGAGGAGGAAAUCAAUGCUUCGGACGAGGACAGAUUCAUUUACUGUUAUCACUUCGACAAAGAAGCCAACAAACCACACGGCGUACCGUUCAAGUUCCUGCUCAAGCCCAAUGAGCCUCUCAAGGAGACCAAAGAGCGCAUCAGCAAGAGGACGGGUAUCAAGGGAAAGCUGCUGCAACAGAUCAAGUUUGCCUUGGUACCUAGAGCAAUGUACGCGAAGCCGAACUACCUCGACGAUAACGACGUGAUCGUUGAUCUCAUUCAAGACGGGGAUGAGAUGCUUGGACUGGAUCAUGUUAACAAGGCCCGCAGCUUCUGGGGCAAGGCCGAAGGCAUGUUUAUCCGGUAGGAGUCUUUGAGCAACCGGACGAACAGCAUGUUAUGACCAAGCCGUGGACCGCUUUUGCCUUGAGCUGGAGUUUUUGUCUGGGUUCAGGUCCUGGACACUGCGUGCGCUGAGCGAGAUAAUCGUGAAGUCCAAGUUCUUGGACAAUCUGGACGAGCGAACAUGCAUGGACUUAGGGUGCUUGCUUUGCUGCUAGACUGGCCCUGGACGAUGUACACGGUGGUCUGUUCGAGUUGGCGACAACCACCAAUGAGGAUUCCCUUGGGGUUUAUGUUGCGCACCACUACCACCACGCCAGAGUGCUGUACGUACAGUACACUUUGAAUUAGUGAGGAGGUUAGCGGGCGAGAUCGGAUCCCUGGCUUGCGCGGACAGUCUGCAUAUUCUAGAUGGAAGCACCAACGACCAUUGGAGUGGCUGAAAAGGCAGACAUUGUACCCCCUGAAGAAUACAGUACGCGCUGUAAGUAGGGUAGAUAGACCUUUUUUUUCUUUCUUGUCGUCGUGUAUACAAAUGGAACAAUCAGUCUAUCAAAAGUGCAGCAGCAGGACCGGCACUGCCGGGGGGGUCUGAAGUGUGUGAUGUGAUGGUGAUAGUCAGGAGUAUAGUUUCUUGGUUUUCAUAGCCUAUCAGCUCUGAGCACGCAGUAGUCAGUCUUUAUUGAGAAAGAGGUAUAGAUAGGUUGUUUAUAUGUUCUCAGAUCAGAGUUCCCGCUUGAUCCAG